GACCAUGGUGGGGUUGUUACGCAGAAUUUUCUAAGAAAAAUAUUGCGUGUUUUAACACGUAAUUAUUAUGUUACAAUCAUCAAAAACUGCUCUUAUGCUGCAAGAUUUGCUAUAGUUCACGAUGCAUCAAGUAUUACUAGCAGAUCACUACCCCACCAAAAUGGUCACCAUAUUUUUUAUCCUGGCAACACUGGCAUUCUCAAAUUCGGAAUAUGUACCUCCUGGCCCAAAGUACCCGUGCCCGAAAGAGACAGACAAGAGCCUCUUAUUCCCGUGUGUGUGCGAAAAAGGGACCGAUACAGGUCUGAUUGUGCGGUGUGAGAACACAGGAUUGGCCGCACUCAGUGUUGGGCUGGGCAACAUUGCCGGUUUGGGGUUGCCAAUUGAAAGAUUGUUGUUCAAGGAAUGCAAAAUUUCCCACCUCUAUGGUCCCCUUCUCCAUAGGUCAGAAGUGAGAGUGCUCCGCAUUGAAGACACUCCAAUAAAGACGAUAGACCAAUAUGCCUUCGCUGGAGUGAACCGGACUUUGCAAGAACUUUACAUGAUCAACACUUUGAUAGAUGAGUUCCCUAAAGAGGCUUUUAAGAUCCUAGGCAACCUGUCAAUCCUGUCAAUAGACGGCCAUGUUAUGACCAAGUUGUCUAAAGACAUCUUCGCUGGGAGCGAGGCGGCAGGCCGGCUUGAGAAGUUACAUCUGGUCAAUGGGUUGAUAGCUGAUAUGCCGCCGGAGGCUUUUCAGAAUUUAAAAAAGUUGCGAACGCUUGAUCUGCAUGGAAACAGGUUGGCCGCGCUCAAGAGGAGUCAGUUCAAGGGGUUGAGAGAUACUGAAGUACUUGAUUUGAGUUAUAACAACCUCACAAAAUUGGACGGGUCUCAUAUAGGCGACCUCACUAAACUCGGCUGGUGUAACGUUAGCCACAACCUCAUUGGAGAUAUGCCCAGAGGUAUGUUCGCGAGGAAUACUAUAUUGAAAGUACUCCAUCUGGACAACAACAAGAUUAAAAAGCUGGACGUCAACAGCUUCAGAGGAAUGAGGUUCCUGAGGCGUCUCUACCUCCAAGACAAUGAUAUAUCGGAGAUAGGCCGCGGUACUUUCGCGUCAGUGACCAGGAUAGGUACCGUUGACCUGGCCAGGAACCACAUCACCAAGGUCGACUACCAGAUGUUCCAGCAGGUCAAAUACGCUGAGAUAAUAAACCUAGCAGAAAACAACAUAACUAUAAUUGAAAAGCAAGCGUUCACAGAUCUUUACUUAGCCGUAGUGAACAUAUCACAUAACGAUCUAAGUAUAAUAGAAGCUGGCGCAUUUCAGAAUUGUAACAAUAUGACAUUGUUGGAUCUGAGCCAUAAUAAACUGCGAGAAAUCAGUAGAAAUGCGUUUGAUGAAAACAGCUACGCUAAUGAAUUUGACGUAACCUAUAAUGAGUUUGAAGACUUUGCACAGAUACCGAUCCACAACAUGACAGGUAUUAGAGUGCUGAAUGCGUCUCACAACUCCAUCAGGAGUAUACCAAAACUGGCGUUCCCAAAGCUGUACGAGCUGCAUACUGUCGACAUUUCAUACAAUAUGCUAACAGAAAUAGCGCAUGCUGUGUUCCAGAACCUCUUCUCGCUCAGAUUCCUCAAUCUAAGCCACAACGCCAUGGAAGUGAUUAAACCAGCGAGUUUCGGAACAUUGCCAACGGUGUUGGAGCUGGAUUUGUCGUACAACAAGUUGAGAGAUGUUUCCAGGGGGAGUCUAGCCAAGCUGGCCAGCUGCAGAACCUUGGACAUCAGCCACAACCAGCUCGAGAGGAUCUUCCAAAUACCUAUCAGUUUGGGAGAGCUGAACUUCGCGUACAACAACUUGUCGGAGAUCAAGGCCAACACUUGGCCCAGCAUGAACGCGCUGCUGCGGCUGAACCUCUCCAACAAUAACCUUGGGGAUGGGUUAUCAGGAGACAGCUUCUCCAGCCUGUUGACGCUUCAGCACCUGGACCUGUCUGCCAACAACGUCACCCGCCCCCCGUGGCAGGCGCUCAACACGUUGACAAGCCUUCAGUAUUUGUAUUUGCAGCACAACAACAUAACAGCACUAACGCGUGCUGCGUUCGGCAACCUCCCAACCAUUUUCCAACUGAACCUUGGCCACAACCAGAUCUCCAGCAUCGAGCAACGCAGCUUCCAAGGGUUGCAACAGUUACUGCAUCUCACGCUUAGCGACAACCAGUUGUCUCAUAUCCCCAAUGAGGCUUUUAAAGGACUGGUGGCUUUGAGACAUUUAGAUCUGUCUCACAAUCAGUUGGAGAAAAUUGACAACAAGACCCAUGGACUACUGGACGACUGUUUGUCUUUGGAAAAGAUAGACUUGAGCCACAACAACUUUGGCUUCCUUACAAAGAAGAUGUUUCCAUACAGCCCCUGGGUCCCAUACAGGCUGAUGGACAUAGACCUCAGUCAUAAUGGUAUACCAGUCAUCACGCUGGACAUCACGCAGGGUGCGCAGAAAGUCAAGAGGCUGAACCUCGCCAACAAUACUAUCAAUGAUAUUCGAAACAAUGUGCUGGGCAACUUGACAUCCCUAGAAGUUUUGGAUUUGUCGAAUAAUAAACUUAAGGAUUUGAUAUCGAGAACUUCGGACUUAAAGUUCAACCUACCAGAGAAUUUAACACAUUUGUACCUACAAAACAACAUACUACAGACUCUACCCAUAGACAACUUGUCAAAGGCGAAACGCCUCAAAAUAUUGGACAUAAGGAAUAAUCAAUUGACGACUUUUGAUCCGGCUUUGGUGAGGAAAGUCUUGCUUGAAGGAACAACGGUUUAUUAUGAAGGUAACAUCUUAAGCUGCGACUGCUUCACGCGCCCCCUCAAGCACUACCUGGCCCGACUUCCCACCCACGUCAUCCCCACCUCCCCCUACACCAACCUGACCUGCUCGGAACCCCCCACUUUGGCCAACGAGGUUCUUUAUCAAGUCGAUGAAGAAAGACUGCUCUGUGCAAGCAGCGUGGAGCUGAGUGACAAGAUGAAGGGUUAUGAAGAGUUCGAGCUGGAGUCAGAACCGGAUUUGGCGUUUAGAGAUGUUCAGUAUUCCCAAUCGUCAAUCUACGCACAUUGGUAUGUGAGGACAACAGACGACAUUGCAGACUUCUAUCUUUAUAUACGGAACGAUAAAAACGAUUUAAUGUACACUAACAACAUUUCCUACAAUUUGCGCUCGCUAACUAUUCCAAUAGAAGAUAAUUUAAAAACAGACUUGAAAAAUGGCACCCUUGAAAUUUGUAUUCAGGCCAAAAACUCCAAAGGCUUUGGCCGAAAAUGGUUCAAAAGCCAAUGCCAAAGUGUCCCAAAAGACUUCGAGUCAUGGCCGAAAAAAUUGACAGUUGAUAAAAGAAGGUUGACUAAAAAAAAGGUUAAGUACAGCUGGUUUUCAAAUAGUGUCUUAGGGCUGGUAAGCGACUCGAUAUUAAUAACGUUAUGUAUAUUUCUGGGUGUAUGUUUUAGACGGUUAGCCGAUUUGGAGUUAUAAAACUAAAAUUCAUUAUCAUCUCCUUACUGUUAUCUCGUUUUUCACAUGGUAUAAGAAAACCUUUGGGCUUAGCACCGUAAGCACGCGACUCUUUCUCGCCGCGACAGAGAUCGUCUGUCCCUUUCUGUGCAGUACUGUGAGAGAGUGACGGUAUGUCGAGGCGAGAAAGAGGCGCGCGCUUACGGUGCUAAGCCCCCAGGUAUGCUCAAAACUGACAGCUAACAUUUCAAGGUUAGCCCAGCUGACGUCAUCCAACCCUGCGUAGCCAUUUUGUAAAAAAUAAAUUACCCACGACCAAUAAUUAUAUUUACUUUGCAAGGAAAUUUUGAGCUUUUAGUAAAAGAUUUACUUACAGUUUUAAUGAUUUUUAUAUAAAUGUGACAAGGAGUAGUAAUUAAAUACAUUAGUCAGUACUUCACUUAAUUUUCCAUAAUAAAAUUUACGUCGUUGGAAUGUUGGAGAUACCAAUAUAAUGGUAACACUUACGUCAUCAUAGGGCUAGCAAUGGUGGCUUGUCAUAGGAUUGAGCAUACCGGGUCUUCCUAUACCAUACGGUUACCUAACCUGAAAAUUUGACAGGUCCGGUUUUUGACAGAAGCGACUGCCUGUCUGACCUUCCAACCCGCGAAGGGAAAACCAGCCCAAUACAGGUUAGGGAGAAGAUGUUGACGUUAUUUGUUUACCUUUGGUUACCUCAAUAUCAAAGACAAUUUUUUUGUGUAAAGAAUUUUAGUUUUUGUAACCGAUACUUAAAGAAACUCGCAGAGAGUAAAUUCAAUCGAAAAAAUAUCUGACUCGGACGGGACUUGUACCCGCAGCACUUGUCAAGCCGGGACGAGCGUGUUAACCACUACACCCCUAACGUUGGCAUAAUGAUGACAUUUUUUUUUGUAUACAGGGUGUUAGUAGUAAAACUACCUCAAAAUUUUCGUUACGAUUACGACGAAAAAUUGCACUUGAUAUCAACUCAGAAUCAUGGUCUGAAUCAUUCCCCUCAGUGUUCGUUAAUACUAACACCCUGUAUAUACUUUUCUACGAAAAUGUAUUUUUUUUGUAUAGAAUCUCAAAAUACACUAUUAUAUAAUAGUGUAUAGUCAUGAGCAAUAUAAUGUACCCACUUUAGGACUCUGUCGCACUAACAUAUUUGACAUUUAGUGAGACUUACAGUUCAAUUUGUCAAAAAAGUUAAUGUGACAUGGUACCAAAGUGUAUACAUAUUAAUGCUCGUGACUGUACACUAUUAAACACUAUGAUAAUGACUAUCAGCUUAGAUCCCACUGCUGGGCACAGGCCUCACCUCAAUCAACCGGAGGGGGUAUGGAGCAUACUCCACCACGCUGCUCCACUAGAGUUUAGUGGAGAAUGUUUCCUAAAAUACAUUCCAAAAGUAUUAUCACUGCCAUAUGUGAUUUUUUUAUUAAUUCCUAUUUUUAUUUUUUAUACAUUAUUAUAUAAAAAAAUACAUCACAAAAUAUUAUGCUUUAACUUUUUAUUGUGUUGUGAUUUUGAGCUCAAUUUUUUUAUAUAUUUUUUAUAUUUUUUUUGUCUCGAUAAAAUGAUACAUUUUUUUUAUAUACAAGAAUAUCUAGUUGUAAUGUUGCAACUUUUGUCUAUGACAUAUUUUUUAUUUUUUCUUGAUUUUUUAUUUUUAUACACAUAGGUUAUAAGGAAAAAUGA